CCUGGGGCCGCCCGUGAGGAUGUCGCGACCGUCCCCGGGUGCCCCUCAGCCCCGGAGACGCUGCCGCUGCGGAGCCCGGAGCCCCCCUGCUUGAGGCGGCCCGGAUUCGGCCCCUCCCCUCCCAGGUGCGGACCGCCUGGCGGGCGGGCGGCCGCGGCAGAUUUUAUCAUGUGGGCAACCUGCUGCAACUGGUUCUGCUUGGAUGGACAGCCUGAGGAGGCCCCACCGGCACAGGGAGCCAGGACACAGGCCUACUCCAACCCUGGGUACAGCUCCUUCCCUUCCCCAACGGGCUCGGAACCAAGCUGCAAGGCCUGUGGGGCCCACUUCGCAAACAUGGCCAGGAAGCAGCAAACCUGCCUCGACUGCAGGAAAAAUUUCUGCCUGACCUGUUCGAGCCAAGUGGGGAACGGGCCCCGCCUCUGCCUCCUCUGCCAGCGAGUCCGAACCACGGCCUUUCAGCGGGAGGAGCUCAUGAAGAUGAAGGUGAAGGACCUGAGGGACUAUCUCAGCCUCCAUGACGUCUCUACCGAAAUGUGCCGGGAGAAAGAGGAGCUGGUGCUCCUGGUGCUUGGCCAGCAGCCUGUAAUCUCUCAGGAGGGCAGGACUCGCGCCCCCACCCUGUCCCCGGACUUCCCCGAGCACCAGGCCUUCCGGACGCAGCCUCAGGCCAGCACAGUACCUCCUACCUCGGCGAGACUCCCCUCUUCGCCCGCACAAGCCACCUCUGUGUUCCCCGCCCAGGCUCAGGAAAGCCAGCAGGCCAAUGGCCAUGUGUCUCAGGACCAAGAGGAACCUGUCUACCUGGAGAGCACAGCCAGAGCACCUGCUGAGGAGGAGACCCAGUCUGUCGACUCAGAGGACAGCUUCGUCCCGGGCCGGAGGGCCUCCCUGUCCGACCUGACCGACCUGGAGGACAUCGAAGGUCUGACCGUGCGGCAGCUGAAAGAGAUCCUGGCGCGCAACUUCGUCAACUACAAGGGCUGCUGCGAGAAGUGGGAGCUGAUGGAGAGGGUGACGAGGCUGUACAAGGACCAGAAGGGGCUCCAGCACCUGGUGUGUGGUGCUGAAGACCAAAACGGUGGAGCAGUGCCGCCCAGCGUGGAGGAGAACCUGUGCAGGAUCUGCAUGGACUCGCCCAUUGACUGUGUCUUGCUGGAGUGCGGUCACAUGGUCACCUGCACCAAGUGCGGCAAGCGCAUGAAUGAGUGUCCCAUCUGUCGGCAGUAUGUGAUCCGAGCCGUGCACGUCUUCAGAUCCUGAGGGCUGGUGCCAGCUUCUUCAGUGCCUUACAGGGACAGAGCUGGAAGGGUCUGGGCUCCAGAAUGACCAGCUUGCAGAGGGGCAGGCUAACAAGAGAAUCUGCAAGCAAAGAUGCGGUCACCUCUGGGCAUGCCUGUCCCACCUUGGCGGCGCACCUCUUGGCUGGCGGAGCCCGAGGCCAGUGGGAGCUGGUACAGAUCGCGUGGGCAAGUCCCUGUUCCAGUGAUCUUGGGGUAAUGAUGGUAAUUGAUGAAGAGAGGAUUUUCCAGAACUUGGACCAGAUUUUCCUCUCUUCCUCUGUAAACCUAACAGUUUCCCCCUUCCCCCUGUACCCCGGGCAUCCCUGAGCCACCUGUGUUCCAGCCAUCAGAGGUCCUGGUAGAAAUGGUUCUCUUCUUCCCCAGCACAUUUGGGUUUAUUUCUGGUCUCUGGCUUUCUGUGCUUUACCAGCUUUGCUAGUCUCUUGCUACAUUGCCUAAAAUUUGUUUCUUCAGACCAAAAAGAUGUUAGCUUACUAGACCAAUAGUGAACCUCGUUAGGACUAAAUCUGGACCAGUAAACUUUUUCUCUGGUGAGAAAUGACACACAAAUGCUAUUGGAAAAUUGCAAAGUCAUUUAGAGUUGCUUCCUGAAGUGCUGGGAUUGGAAGCGAGGAGUCUCCUGAUUGAACCUUGGGAGGCAGCAAAGCAUCUGCAGGGAAGUUUAAGUCUGUGUGUGUGAGAUGGCACGGGCAUCAAGCUCUGGUGCUCUUAGGGCCUGUGCGCCACCCUUGAUUUUAGUUUACGAGAAAAGGGAAAGUUUUGGGUGGAAACUGCUUAAUUUUGACUUCUCUAACACAAAGGAAUUGCAAACCACUUUCCCCUGGGAAUGAAGUCCCUCUCCCAUGGAGGUUUUUAAACAUGGUCUCACUAAGACAGAGAGACUAAGGCAAAGAGCCUUGCUCUUCUCUAGCCACACUUCUCACGAAGUUCCUGGAGACUGAAACUGAACACCUAAGGGGUAUUGGAAGAUACUGAAUGGGACUGGAUUCAACCCUGGGGCAGACAGCUGCAAGUCUUGAUUCCCUAGGUUAGCGGGGACUCCCCGCUUCCAUUUCCUUCCUUAGCCUACUGAUUUGAGGGGAGGUCUAGAAGAAGCAUAUUCUCGAGCCCUCUUAGGGUGGGUCUACCACUGGAAGAGCCAAAGGGCUUAAGUUUGCUGGAGCAGCAAGGCCAAGAACAUGUGCUAUCAGAAGAGCUGUGCGUGCUGCCAUUCGGGGGGUGAACUACACAACCCCUAAGCUCCAGAGGGCCUUAGCAGACCACCUGCUACCCUUUCCCCCUGCUGUGCAGUCAAGUUCUCACAGACUGGAAGCAGUCAGGACUUUGGAAACAGUGGGAAACCUCCAAGGGGACCUGCUUAUUGGUACAGACAUACUUAGGCCUCCUCCCACCAACCACUAUUCCCCUUCGGAAGAAUGAAAUUAUUUCAUAAAGCAGUUGUCAGUUGCACACUGGGCCACUUACCUUGACAUUACGCCAAGUCCCGGAUGAUCUGAUUCUGGGACAGCCUUUGUAGGAAUCGGGGGAUUCAAGAGAGAGGUCUGCGAUGAGGACCUUUCACUCUUCUGCUGGACAGUACCUACUACUGUUUACAAUGCCUGCCAGUUUAGCAGAGGAUUCAGCUGCUUCUGAUUCCACUGUAACAGGUGUGUGUGUAUAUAUACACAUAUAUAUGCAACUUAGUUACGAUCUAGCAAUAACUUCAGGGCAGAAGCUGGCUCUCUCCCUACUUAAAACUUGCUUUCACUGCUGAGGCCUUACCUCUCCCUACCUCCCACAUUCCCUCCUAGACAGAAGUUAAAAAUAAUAUCCUGAAGGUUGGUUAGUAACCUCAGUAAGAAUUAGAACUGCUAUCAUUUGCUCAUUCUGGAGAAAGAACUUGCCUUUUAGUCUUUUGAUCUUGGUGAAGGUUUCCAUUCAGGAAAAAAGAUGUCAAACCACCCUGAUUUGUUGUUUAUCAUUAUUACACCAAAUAAAGGCUGGGAAUUUCAAGAUCCCAUUUCAGUUACUAUCUAAUCUAGGUAGAAAACUUGAUUUUUAUCUCCAAGUGCUCUCCCUUGCCCCUCAUGGAUCUUUGGUCUUAAUUAUCAUGAAACAUCUUAAUUCUUCCAAUUAUUCCAUAGCUUUGGCUGUGAUCAUUUUGUUAAGACUUGGGAGAGCUGACUGGUUCUCAGUACCCUGGAAUAGCUGGAUCCAAGCUCGUACCCAGAAGCUGUGCAGGUGUCCUUGCACAAUAUAUAUUGUACAAAUUUGUUGAAAUCUUUCAGAUGUGAAUGUGUUAUUUCAAGUGGCUUAUAUUAAGAUUCUCUCAGACUUACGUGGGUGUUAAAGCAAACCCAGAUGUGUAUUUUUUGUUACAGAGCUCUGCUUUAUAAUUUUAUAAUAAAAUUUCACUGGA